AUGAACAACAAAAAAGAUGCUAAUUUAGUUUGUGCAAAAAUGUUUUUGAACUGUUUAGACAUAAUUGGAAACAAUUAUGUGCAUCUUAUAAACCAAUCUUCACAAGAUGGCGUUUAUCCUGAAAUAUGGAAAGAAUCUUUAGUAAUUCCUAUAGAAAAAGUAAAAAACACGAACAAAUGCACAGAAUUCAGACCAGUUAACACAAUCAUUAAUGAAGCAAAAAUUAUGGAAAAAAUUGUCUACAAUCAAUUAGAAAAAGUAUUCGAAACAAUUGAUCGUGACAUUUUGCUAUCUAAACUUAACGCAUAUGGUAUUCGUAGCACAGAACAACAAUGGUUUAAAUCUUACUUAAAAAAUAGAAAACAGAGAACUAAAGUAAACGACGUUGUUUCAGAUAGUACAGAAAUAAAUUUGGGUGUACCAUAA